AUGCCUGGUUUGAAACCAACACAGGACGAUAUCGAAGUAUUUGGAGCUAUUACUCAAGCAAGUCACGAAGACGCUGUACAUUUCCUUGAAUCCGGUACAACCUUAGAAGGUGCCAUAGAAGAUUUCUUCGCGACCCAAAGAGCAUCUGAACCACCACACGUCUCACACGACCAAGAAGAAGACGAAGAAGCAGAAUUAGCUUUGGAUUCACCUAAUAUGUCAGACGAGCAUUCCAACAACCCUCCUCCACCUGCUGGUGGUGCUAGAACACUCGGUGGUCAACCGAUUGAAGAAUCGCUACCUGCUGGAUGGGGUAAACCCGAGAGACGAUUUGGUAGACUGGGAGAAAGCUCCGAUUCUGAUGAGGAAGAUGAAGGAGAUAAAGCACCGGAGGAACUCUUCACCGGUGGAUCAAGAAAUAGUGGACUGGCUGUUCAGAAUCCCGAUGAUCCACGAGGGAGUGGAAAUUCCCUUGUGGACAAUAUCCUUCGAAUGGCCAAUCAGAACGGCCCUCCCAAAUCGCCCGCUGGAGGUGCAGGAGGUGCACCAAAACCACCAUCUGCAUUCAGAGGAACAGGUCAUACACUUGGAUCAGAUGAAGAUGCUUCAACUGAGAUUCCAGCUGCUGGAUCAUCCGCUCCAUCAGCAUCAGCAUCUACACCUUCUAUCCCCAGUGUCGCUGGAAUGACUCCAUCCAUGAUGGAUAAUCUUCUCGCUGGGAUGUUUGGUCGAGGAGGAGGAAAUCCCGCAGCUCCAGGUGGACAUGCAAAUGAAGAAGAUGAUGAUGAUGAUGACGACAACGAUGAAAACGUUCAAACUCGUAGAUUGACUUUUUGGAGAAACGGAUUUUCAAUUGAAGACGGACCAUUACUCUCAUAUGAUGAUCCUCAAAAUAAAUCAUUAUUACAAGCUAUCGAAUCUGGUAGAGCACCUCCAAGUGUUUUCGGAGUCAGAUUCAAUCAAAGAUUAAAUGUUGAAGUCGCUCAAAGAAGAAGAGAAGAUUAUCAACCACCUCCUAAGAAACCAAUGUCAGCUUUCGGUGGAUCAGGUAAUAGAUUAGGUUCACCCGCUCCUGAAGUAGUCUCAGGCAGUUCAUCUCCCAUGCCAGGUGGUUUACCACAAGGUAUCUUAAUAGGCGGUUCUUCGGGAACUAGUACACCACCUACUGCAGGAUCGGCAGGAAAUACAGGUGCAGGAACUUCUGGACAAGCUCAAUUCGCUGUGGAUGAUAGUAAACCUACUACCAAUAUCCAACUUCGUCUGGGUGAUGGAACUAGAAUGGUCGCAAAAGUCAACCUUACUCAUACCGUUGGUGAUCUUCGUGGAUUUGUUUCAGCCGCCCGAGCCGACUCUAGGAGUUUCGUGCUUCAGACGACGUUCCCAAACAGGGAGUUAUCCGAUCCUAGCGAGACUAUCGAAGCUGCCAAAUUGCAAAAUGCAGUUGUUGUGCAGAGAUUCACAUAG